GCUCGGCGACUACAAGUCGUUCUGAAUCUGGUGCACACCGAUAUCGUAGAUCCUCUCUCUACGCGAAGAGCGUCAGUGCUUGGUUCCGUGUUCGAGCGCCUCCGUAGCGCUGCAGGUGAAACAUUGAUUUUUGGAGGUUCUUCUUCUUUGUUUUUCGAUAUUGACAGCGUUUGCCUUCUUGCUUGUGCACCAACAGUCUUGCCAUUUUCACAGAUCGAUUAUAGCAUAUAUAUAUGUGUUUUUUUUUUUCACCUCUCUUCUCCGUUCUCUCUCGUGUUUUCAUCGAACAUCGUUUUUCUUACAACCAACUCUCUGGGAACUUGCAAACGCACACACCCACCACACACACAGGCGCACAAGCACGGUCAAAACUCUUUUUACUAGCCACACGUACCUCAGACUGCGGGCGGAACGAUGGCGACCCUCAACACGGAGCUAUCCCUCGUCCGCCGUUUUCACGCGCUGCUGCAGAACUACGACGCGCGGCCGGCGGUGGCGCAGCGCAACACUCUCCCGACCCUCUCUCGCUUCCUCCGCAGCAAAGACCGCGAGAUCCGCAAGCUGUCGUUGGAGGCCGUCUACCUACUGGCGGAGCACCCGGAGAACUUAGAGCUGCUUGGCAGCGACCGCGAGUUGGUCGACGGCGUGGUGGAGAUUUACGACGCCGCGCAAUACGACGACCCGGAGCUGUGCGAGCUGUCUAGUAAUACGUUAGACCUCCUCGCCUCCACCUUCGCCGACGGCGAUCCGCGGGAGAAGGUGGUGGCCCGCCGCGCGGAGCAAGAAACCGGGGCGGGUCCAAUGGGCACGUCGCGCCUUCAAGCCGUCGCCCACCCGCGAACGGGGACCUCGAGCGACCUGAAGGACCUGUCAAACGCUGUAGGCGAGUACGACACGAUUGUGGGGAUGACCCCCGGCGGCGGAAGGGCCGGAGAAAUCCCUGUAGACGCGGACCAGCUGUCCAUCGUGUCCAACGGUACGGGAUUUGAGACGGCGAGUUGCAGCUCGCGGCCGACGCGGCGCGUGGCGGAGGAGCAGGUGCGACCCUCCGAGGUGAUUCGAGGGGUUGGGAAGGACUGCCCGCUCUCCAUCGUGCUGGAGAUCCCCGCGCUGGAUGCCAUGACGGACAUUUCAGAGAUCGAAGAAAUUCUGCAGACAACGCGCGGCGUCAUUUCCUACACGGUAACGGCCAGCGCCCAUCAGGUCCGCGUGUUUCUCUCCGCCUUCGCGCAGGCUCCACUGCAAAAUCUGCUGGCGGAGGCAGGCUAUGAAAAUAUCCUCGCAAGCGCGGAGAGGAUGCGCUACCAGGCCGGCGAUGGUGGUAAUCAGAGUCUCAAUAACAGCUUCUUCUUCGACGAGGGGGCGAAGCGGCCGACCUAUGUGCAGACGGCGAAGAACUUUGCGUCAAGUUUGUUCCGCUCCGUCAUGGUCUACCGAGACCCUCAGAAUAAUUCCCUCGCGGCACGCAUCCAACAGCAGCGGAAGGCGCAGGAGGAAACCGGUAGCACCACAGCGGAUCGUCUUGCACAAGCGUUUGCACGCUGGUGGUAA